UUGGAUGUAAUUUUCCAAUAGCAACCACAGAAGCUUAUUCUUUUUGGAAACAGUAGUUACACAUAUUUUCCCAUCACGAUGAGUCUUUCAACAUCAUUACGUUAUGAACUGAACACAGGGGGUUCAAAAGCAUUUAAAGAAUCACGACUAAGACAACAAGAACGAAUCCAGGAUUCAGGUGAAGGAUCUGUUCAGGAAGAGACAGAUGAAAUGAUGGCAGACAGACAAAAUGUUGUCAGAUUAGAGAAAAUAACCAAUCAGAGAGCAGGAUGGCAUACAAAUUUAGAAAAAGCUAGUUGGAAUAAAAAUAUACAGCACCAAGAUAAAAAAAUCCAAGAAGAAUUAAGAUUAGCUGCUAAAGCAUCUUUAGCUGUCAGACAAAAGGCAUUACAGAACCAAAUAGCAAGAGAUUCAGAGCAGUAUGAACAAGAACUGCACUUAAAAGGGAAGACUUUCUUCAAACAGAGAAUAUAAGUUCAAAGGGUCAAUUAUCUCAAACUGUCAGAUUUUAUUUUUGUUAUAUAAUAAACCCAAGUCUUUGAAAAAAUGUAAAAUGCAUAACAUAAUAUGGAAGAUUAAAUAUGUGGGUAGAAGUUUAUUUGGUGUAAUUAUUUCAAACUGUCAGAUGUUAGUUUUGUUAUAUGAAAAAAAUAUAAGAAGCAUCACAUAAUAUGGAAAAUUAAGUAUGUGGGUAGAAGUUUAUUUGGUUAAAUUAUUACAAACUGACAGAUUUUAUUUUUUAUAUUUAAAAA